UAAAAAUAUAAGCUUGAAGUGACACUGAACUUUUUAACUUUUAAGUAUUCAUUCUUCAGAACAAAUCUAUAGAUAAGAUAGGCUAUUUGCGAACUAACUUCUCGGUGCAGUGCGAAGCUGUAUAACAUCAAACUUAAACAAUAUUCGCCAAAUGAGACACAAAUAAAAAUAAACAGAUUACUAAUCUAGGUGAAACUCGAAUUUUAAAAGCGAACCAACAAAAGAAUUUUAACAACUCUUUGUUUGGUUUAUAAUAAAUUUGAAUUCUCAAAAUGAAUCAGCAAGAAAAUCGAGCUGAGCUCUAUGAAGAAGUAAAGUUAUAUCGAACUGCUAGAGAAAGAGAAAAGUAUGACAAUAUGGCAGAUUUGUAUUCCGUCAUUAACACUUUACAAUGUUUGGAAAAAGCAUACAUUAAAGAUUGUGUAACACCAAAAGAGUAUACUGCUGCUUGUUCAAAACUUUUGGUUCAAUACAAAGCUGCAUUUAAGCAAGUUCAGGGAGAAGAAUUUCCUAACGUUGAAGUAUUUAUGAAAAAGUUUAGAUUGGAUUGUCCUGCUGCUAUUCAGCGUAUAAAGGAAGAUAGGCCCAUUACCAUUAAGGAUGACAAAGGAAACACUAGCAAAUGCAUUGCCGAUAUUGUUUCUCUAUUCAUUACCAUACUUGACAAGUUAAGAUUAGAGCUGAAGUCAAUGGAUGAACUACAACCAGAUCUUCGAGAGCUGUAUGAUACAAUGUGCCGACUUACUUUGGUACCUGCUGAUUUUGAAGGAAAAAGAAAAGUCUAUGAAUGGUUACAAACCAUGUCAGAAAUGGCUGCAUCGGAUGAACUUACAGAAAGUCAAGUUAGACAAUUUAUAUUUGAUUUAGAAUCUGCAUACAGUGGGUUCAACAGAUUAUUGCAUGAGUCAUAAAUAAAAUUUUCUAUUUUAAAUCUGUCUGUAAUCCUAUUUAUAAUUCGUUUUCCCUUUUAAAAAAUAUUUUUCCUCAUAUUAUUAUUAAAAUAGUAAAAUAAUGUGAUGUAUUUAUCGUUUGUAAAUAAGAUAUAUUUAAUACAAAAUAAAAAUAUUGUGUAUCUGAGAAACUAAAUUGUACCAAAAGCUGUAAAAUUAUGUUUUUUUUUUUUUUUUUCAUCUGUGUAUUUUAUCUACUAUUGUAAAUAAAUUUGAACUUGUA